AUUUUUUUUUUUUUUUUUUGGAUUUUACCUUUAUUUUGGUUGUUGAUCGCGCCCCCCGCUCCCACAAAGUGUGCAGCGCGACCACAGCCCCCCUGAGCAACGGAUACCGCGCGUAGGGAAAAAACACUGCAUGUACCAGACCGAGCUCAGAGCCAUGGGACGCCUACCACUGACUGGAGUGAUUGCAAGCACACGACCGCGGUUUGAGUCAUCGACGGUAGCAUUGUCGCACACGCAGCAACCACGACCAUCGCCGUCGCGGUCGUCCGCGUCGUCCACGGCAUCGUCCAUGUCGUGCACGUCGUCGUCAGCCUCGUCCAUCGCAUCGGUCUCGUCGGCGUCGUCCAUUGCCUCGGUCGAGUCGUCGUGUGCCACUGCCGGGUUGGCCUCGCGCGCCAGUGCCGAGCGAUUGGUCCAGCCCCUUUGCACCAGCAACAACACCUUGUCGCAGGUCGCACCUCCUAUCGACGCCCUGCUGUCGCUUGCGCACGUAUGUGGCAGCGUGAGUUCCUUGAGUGACCAGCACCACAACAACAACAACAACAACAACAACAACAACAACGGCAGUGCGCAGUACAUGCGUCAGCUGCAGGGCGCGGAAACGCUGCGCAAUGCGAACUUCCCUUCAAGCACCAGUACCACCACCACCGCCACGGCAACAGCAGCAGCCACAACCUCGUCGUCCACCACCCUCAACAGCAGCUACGACGGCCCGAGCAGACUCAACUCGUUCAGCAACGAGGCUUACGAUGCCGGUCGCGACGCAGGCUUCCUCGGGAGUAACAAUGCGUCAUAUCAGCACGUUUCGCGGGCAAACCCUUCUCGACCGCAGCACGAUGGCGCUCAGCUUGGAGUCAUGGGCCCGAGCACUGCUAUGCAUACAAUGACGAGCGUUGCAAACGCAUCGGUGGCAGUGCCUGUCCAUGCGAGCAUGAACCAACCAGUUCUGGAUCAAUCAUGGAGUCAGGCAAAUGGCUUGGGCCAACUCCAGCAACCGCAGCAGCGACCAUCACCCCCUGCACCAACCAGAAUUAUGUUCGAGGCAGCACCAUUGUCGAGCGUACAGCAGGGAGGAGCACCGAACCUGGGUUUGGUCGUAAAUUGGGACGGCUCUUCCGCUCCGCGGAAUCUUGAUGGCAUGAUGCUCGGCCAACCCCAGUAUCAUCAAGCAAUGUACAAUGCGUCCAACCCGUUCGCCCCAGCACCGCUGAUUCCUUACGAUCCCAGUGUUCAGCAGCAGCAGCAGCAGCAGUUUGUGCAAAUACAGCAGCUGCAGCAGAUGCAACAGCAACAGAUGCAACAGCAACAACAAAUGCAACAGCAACAGCAACCACUGCACCACCAGCAGCUGCUCCAGCAGCAACAAUUUCAGACAGUACAAUACCACCAGCAACAGCCGAUGCAGCAAUCACUCCCUGAACAAUCGCAAUACAUCAUGCAGGGGAUGCAACACCAGCACCAAUUUCAGCAACUCCAACAGCUCCAACACCCUCAGCAAAUGCAGUCGCAGCCGGAGCUGCUUAUUGUCCCGCAACCGUAUGGUCAGCUCAAUGUUCACUUUGAGCAACAACAGAUGCAGCACGCGACCGACCAGCCUGUCUCUUUCCAGUACCAACAACUGCAACAACAACAACAACUGCAACAACAACAGGCACAACAGCCACAACAACAACAACAACAACAGCCACAACAGCCACAACAGCCACAACCUCAACCUCAGCAGCAGCAGCAGCAGCAGCAGCAGCAGCAGCCGUUGCACACUCCUUCGGCCAUCCCGAUGCCAACCGGCUUGUCGGACGUGGUUGGCUCACCACCGUCGCCUCCCAGCAGCGCAGGUCUCAAGCGAUCAGGGUCGCCGCUGCCUUCUCCCCGCGCCACCCGCCGCGUUCGUUUGGACACACCUUCCGACCAAGACCAUCUUCCAGUUUCUUCCUCCGAGAGCGAGCCUGGAGACGACCACGAUAAAGAAGAUGACGACGACGACGAGCUUGUGCCAACAGGCACAGAGACACCGCGGGAAGACGACGCGACAGAGUUUGUGAUUGACGUGCGCUAUGUCAUGCCACCGCCCAGCGGCUGCCGCUUCCCAGUCUCUCAAACCGUCCCCAGUCCACUCGUACCACCCACGUCCCACCGCUCGACCAACGGUGCCGACCACGACCACGACGACGACAAGCAGGACGAAAAGGACGCUAUGGACGCAAAGGACGUCGAGAAGGAAAGCGUCCCGCGUCCCCCUCAGCCUCACUAUGACACCUUCUCGCCACAGUCAGAUGGCGGCUCCGAGCACGAGUACCAGCAUGCCGCGCGUCGCAACAGCAAUGACGGCGACGAUCAACGGGCGUCUGGCAGCUUGUCGCCAGGAUCGAGCGACUCGUCGCGAGCCCCGCUCUCUGCCAAGCAGCUCCAGAGCGGCCGCCCUGGUCUGAUUGCAGCGGCAAUGGAGACACACAAUGGCGAGUGGAUUGACGUUGGGAUGUUCACCGAAGCCUGGUUCCGUGCCAACGACAGGCGCUGCGCUUACUGCCCGCGACAGUUCACCCAAGCAGGCAGCCUUCGUCGGCACGUUACGCUCGUGCACAACCGUCUCGGUGCGUCCUUCCGCUCCGACAAGUAG